CGGAGGCGGGGAUGGGGCAGGGUGGGGGUGGGAGAGAAGCUGUUGAUUAAGGACCUACCCCCUACCUCAGCGUCCUAAGGGGUGGAGGGGGAGGUCUGAUAUUCUGAUAUUCUCAGCAGGGUGCCACCCACGCCUACCCUCACCCCAGCAGUGAUGAUGGCGCAGGUGGUGUCCCGGGAACCUGACACCCAAGAUGAAUAAAUGAUGCGGACUCCACCGCCAGCGUCCAGAACUCUCCACCGCCACCAUAACCGCCGUCACCGCCGGCCAGUGGCCAGGGGCAUCAGCCCCUCGGCUCCCAGGAUCUGCACGGGAGCGCGCGGCGAGGCGGGAAGAAUAUGGCCGGGAGGCAGCGAGGCGCGGGGCGGCUCUGGGCGCUGGGCGGAGCCGCGCUGGGGGCUUGCCUGGCAGGGGUCGCCACGCAGCUGGUGGAGCCCAGCACGGCCCCGCCCAAGCCCAAGCCGCCCCCACUGACCAAGGAGACCGUGGUGUUCUGGGACAUGCGUCUGUGGCACGUGGUGGGCAUCUUUUCGCUCUUCGUGCUGUCCAUCAUCAUCACUCUGUGCUGUGUCUUCAACUGCCGGGUACCACGGACACGGAAGGAGAUCGAGGCUCGCUAUCUACAGCGGAAGGCAGCCAAGAUGUACACAGACAAGCUGGAGACCGUGCCUCCCCUUAAUGAACUCACAGAAAUCCCUGGAGAGGACAAGAAGAAGAAGAAAAAGGACAGUGUGGACACGGUGGCUAUCAAGGUAGAGGAGGAUGAGAAGAACGAGGCGAAGAAGAAGAAAGGCGAGAAGUGAGUCGUGUCCUGGAGGUGGCAGCUGGGGCUGGCAGGCCCUGAAGCACAAGUUCGGGCCAGGAGCCAGGCAUCAGGACUCCGUGUUCAUACAUGGACCGUAGAGGCUGUGGUCCGAGGAGAGGCCAUGGCCAUUAUCUCAUGGCUCAAAAGACGCAGGGACAAGACUUCACAAGUGUCCAUCGGAGACUCUGUUCCUUUCACACCAUCAGUCUGGGCACUUCUCUUGACGGUACAGAGUGGCCUCAAACUCCACUCCCCACCCGGAGAGGCUUCUGACCCACCCUUUUGGCCAGGGGCAGAGGCGUGUAUGAAGGAGUCGGGGAAUGGCAGGAUUGUGUGUGAACUCAAACGCAUGGAGGGAGGGCUGAAGGGGGGCUUGUGGCAUGGACUCUCUGACAUAGCAACCCCGAUAGCAAGGACUUUGCCCUGAGCUUGGCAGGAAUCUGUCCUUGGUUGCCAAAGUGGCCCCAUUAUCAGGAGAGUCCCUGAACUGGCAAAUGCCAAGCUCUGGGAACAAGGUGACAGUAUGAUGGAGCUGAGGCCACUGGGGGCUGGCAUGAGGCCCAGGGCCUAGGGGCUUCUGGCUGAGGGGUAAGGUCUGAAAGAUGCAGCAGGCUGAGGUCAGUGGGCUGAGUGAGAAAGCCUAGGUCUCCUCAUGGGAAUCAAGAGAUUUAAGAAGCAGGGUAGGGGCAUGGACUAUUACAGUUGCCUUUUCUAUGGCCAGGACUCUAGCAGGUCAUAGCAGGAGACACAGGCAGCCAUCUGCCUGAGUACAGCUGUAUGACAUACCUCUUCUGCCACAACCCUACAAAAAGGAAGCGUCUCCGCCAAGAAGACAAUACAAACGCCAUUGAGGCGCUGAUUCUACAGGGCUCUUCCAGCAUCCAAAAUGAGGAGCUAGGGACUGAGCUGGGAACUGAGAUCCUGGGAAGACCUUGCAGGUGGCAAGCCUACUAGAAAGGCAUCCUGAAAAGAUUUGUAAAUAAAGCUGGGUGCCUUCUCAGCCCCAGAUAUAUAAAACUUCA